AUGGCUAUCCUCAACUAUCUAGGGUUUGGCCGCCAAACGUCAGCGGCAAAAGAUGACUCCAAGACUGCCGUCCGUGCUCUUCCAGCGAGCUGGUACACAUCUGAAGAAAUGUACCAGCUAGAACGACGGGCAAUCUUCUCCAAGAGAUGGAUGCUUAUCACGCACAGAACGAGACUCAGUCAGCCGGGCGACUACCUGAAAUUCGACGUGGCCGGCUACGAGUUUGUCCUGUGCCGGGAUCGCAAGGGAGAAAUCAACGGAUUCCACAACGUGUGCCGCCACCGCGCAUUCCCCGUCGUCCAGGCCCAGCAGGGGACCGCAAAGAUCUUUGCAUGCAAGUAUCACGGAUGGUCAUACGGGCUCGACGGAAGACUCGCAAAGGCGCCCAAGUACGACGAGCUUGACGACUUUGAUAAGACGCAGAACGGGCUGUUCCCAAUCCACGUGCGUGUGGACGCCUGCGGGUUUAUCUGGGUCAAUCUCGACAGCAGCGAGACGCCCGAAGUGCCGUGGGAGCAGGACUUUGACCACGUCGACACCCAGGAGCGGUACAUGGUGUACAACUUUGACGACUACGUGCUCGACCACGAGUACAAGCUCGACGGCGCGUACAACUGGAAGAUCCUGGCCGACAACUUCAACGAGUGCUACCACUGCCCCACGGCCCAUCCGGAUAUCCCUACACUGGCGGACAUCGAGACGCACGACGUGACGGGCGUUGACGGGUACAUCACGCACCAGUCGACGCCGACCGAGGAGCAAAAGAAGCUAGGCAUGGCCAUUGCCAGCACGUAUUUCUUUCCCAACGUAUCCAUUUCCGUCCUACCGCACUUCAUCAUGCUGCAGCGGUUCCUGCCCAACGGCCCCAAGAGCUCGUCGAUGCACUACCAGAUCUACCGCAACCGGAACUCGUCGGAGGAAGACUUCCAGCGGAUCCACCAGCUAUACGCCAAGGUGGUGUCCGAGGACAAGAUCCUGUGCGAGCUCGCGCAGCGGAACCUCAACGCGGGCGUCUUCGUCAACGGCGAGAUGCACCCGCGCCUCGAAAAGGGGCCGCUGUACUUCCAGCAGCGCGCGCGCGACGUCAUCCGCGAGCACGUCGCACAGGAAAAGACCGCGCGGCGCGAGAUCUGGCCCGCGCAGCAGCGUCUGCCGGGCUCCGCGGCCGUGAGUCAGGAGGACGUCGAUCUGUGUUCCGGCCUGGCCUGUCAGGCCGAGCCGGCGGCGGGGUUGGCGUGGUGA